UUUGACUGUGGAGCGAAGAACCCUAGCUGGGCAAGCAUAACAUAUGGAGUUUUCCUCUGUAUUGAUUGUUCAGGGACCCAUCGAUCUCUUGGUGUUCAUUUGAGUUUCAUUCGAUCUACAGAACUGGAUUCCAACUGGUCUUGGUUUCAGCUGAGAUGCAUGCAAGUUGGAGGGAAUGCAAAUGCUACUGCUUUUUUCCAUCAACAUGGAUGCACAACAAAUGAUACCAAUGCAAAGUAUAACAGUCGUGCUGCUCAGCUGUAUAAGGAGAAGAUUAAAUCUCUUGCAACACAGGCAACAAGAAAGCAUGGGACUGAUCUGUGGACAGAUGGAUGUGGAAUGCCACCUGUGUCACCUCAAAAGAAAGAGGAAGAUUUCUUUGCAUCCCAUGUUUCUCCCAAGGCAAAGAAUACAGAGUGGGUGUUAUCAGAGCCAGAACCAGUUUCCCUACAGCAGAAAGCUUCAGAAAAUAUUCCAGAGUGCUAUGAAGGACCAGAACGUGGACCAAGCGUUGAUUGCCUUAGUACAUCACCAAAAGCUGCAUUAGAGAACACCACCUUCAUAAAAAAGAAGCCAAAUCAAGCUAAGAAGGGGCUCGGUGCCAAAAAAGGUGGUUUGGGAGCACAAAAAGUGAGCAUCCAAAACUUUAAUGAGAUUCAAAAACAAGCACAAGCUGUAAAUAAAAUGAAGGAACAAGACAAUCUUCACAGCAGUAAGAAAACUGAGAAGGAAGAGCCACUCGUAUCCUCUUUACGGCUGGCCUACAGAGAUCUUGAUAUUAAAAUGAAAGAAGAAAAGUUAAAUCUAUCUGGUAAGAAAAAAGAUGAAUUGGACAGACUUGGCAUGGGAUUUGGGAGCAACAGAAGUGGCAUUUCUCACUCAGUCACCUCAGAUAUGCAAACAAUAGAGCAGGAAACACCUGCAGUUGCAAAGCCGAAGAAAAAGUAUACUGAUGAUCUAGAAGAAUCAUAUUUCUCUUCAAGGUACUAUGAUUCUUCAGAUUUGAGGAGCAGCACUUUCUCUAAAUGGGACGACAAUUCAGAUUCUUUCUGGAAGAAAGAAAAUAAUAGUAGAGAUACUGAUCUAAUGUUAACUUCAAAAAGUACAGGAUUUUCAGACAGGCCUGCAUCUCGUCGUAAGCCUGAAUACGAACCACCUUUAAACACAGAUGAAGCACAAAAAAAAUUUGGCAAUGUAAAAGCAAUUUCAUCAGAUAUGUUCUUUGGAAGGCAAGAUCAGGCUGAUUAUGAAGCAAGGGCUCGACUAGAAAGACUUUCUGGGAGCACUUCUAUAAGUUCAGCUGACCUCUUUGAAGAUCAGAGAAGACAAUCAACAGGAAGCUACAACAUUACAAAUGUCUUGCCUUCAGCUCCCGAUAUAGCUCAGUUUAAACAAGGAGUGAAAUCAGUGGCUGGAAAACUUUCUGUACUUGCUAAUGGGGUCAUGACAUCUAUACAGGAUCGAUAUGGUUCAUGA